CCCUGAUCCUGAGUCCUGUCCUGAUCCUGGGUCCUACCCUGAUCUGAUCCUGAGACCUGCCCUGAUGCUGAGUCCUGUUCUGAUCCUGAGUCCUGUUCUGAUCCUGAGUUCUAUUUUGAUCUUGGGUCCUGUCUUGAUCCUGUGUCCUGCCCUGAUCCUGAGUCCUGCCCUGAUCCUGAGUCCUGUCCUGAUCCUGGGUCCUGUCUUGAUCCUGGGUCCUACCCUGAUCUGAUCCUGAGACCUGCCCUGAUGCUGAGUCCUGUUCUGAUCCUGAGUCCUGUUCUGAUCCUGAGUCCUAUUCUGAUCCUGAGUCCUGUUUUGAUCCUGGGUCCUGUCUUGAUCCUGUGUCCUGCCCUGAUCCUGAGUCCUGUUCUGAUCCUGAGUCCUGUUCUGUUCCUGAGUCCUGUUUUGAUCCCAGGUCCUGUCUUGAUCCUGGGUCCUGCCCUGUUUCUGAGUCCUGUCCCGAAACUGCCCUGAUCCUGAGUCCUAUUCUGAUCCUGAAUCCUUUCCUCAUCCUGGAUCUUAUGAGAUCCUGGGUUUCAUCUUGUUCUGCCCAUGGGUGAUGGCCCAGGAUGGGAUCACCUGCUCUACGGUGACUCCAUGCAUGGUCUCCCUGUGCCUUCCGUAAACUUUCCCUGGGACUUUUGGAGUCAAGGCAGCAUCAGUCAGCAUUAGCAUCAGCAUCAGCACAGGCAUGGGUUGAAUAGGAUCCCCUCAUUCCUGUCCACCUGGAAACUCUGAAUGUGACCUUAUUUGGACACUGGGUCUUUGCAGAUGUAAUCAAGUUAAGAUGAGGUUAUACUGGAGUAGGGUGGGCCCUGAUCCAAUGUCUGGUGUCCCCGUAAGAGAAAGGAGGGGAGGAGGUGAGACACAGACACUCAGUGGAGAAGACCACUUGAGGAUAGAGGCAGAGACGAAGGAUGCAGCCACAAGCGAAGAAUGUCUGGCCACCAUCAGAAGCUGGAAGAUGCAGAAAGAAUCCUCCCCUGGAGCCUUCAGAGAGUGCGUGUCCCACGGAGAACUUGAUCUUGAACUUCCGUCUGCCUGAACUGCGAGGCAUCAAUGUCCAUGUUAAGGCUCCAGUUGGGGGCCAUUUGUUAUGGCAGCCCCAGGAAAUGAACACUGGUAGCAAGGAUGAGCACAGCAUCAAAGCCAAGUCCCCGUUCCCGUUGCCCUCACUGGCACAGAAGGACAGGGGUCUUGUCAUUUUUCAGAGGACAUGUGAGGAAAAUCAUGAACUAAAGAAAAAGUGCAAAACUAUAUACACCUGAGUUUGUUUUAAGGUAUUUUAAGAUAAAGCAAACAAACAGUUUCCCUAUGGAAAUGGCAUAAACAGGAACCAGGAAAUGACUGUGUGUCCAGCAUCACUCCUGACCCUGGGCAGGCAUAUAAAGGGCCCAGGCUCAGGAAGCUCCACACCUGCACACCUCCCUCUCACCUGCUCCUCUACCUGCUCCACCCUCAACCCACCAGAACCAUGGGCUGCUGUGGCUGCUCUGGAGGCUGUGGCUCCGGCUGUGGGGGCUGUGGCUCCAUGGGCUGUGGCCGGCUGUGCUGCGCUCCGCUGUGCUGCGCCGCUGUGGCUGUGGCCGGCUGUUCCUGGCUCCGGCUGUGGGCCUGUGGGGGUUCCAGGGCUGUGGCCCGCUGCUGCUGCAAGCCGUGUGCGCGGGCGCGUUGUCAGCUGUGCUCUGUGGGGGUCCAAGGGGGCUGUGGCUCUGUGGGAGCCAGCAAGGCUUAGCCUGUGCUCCCAGGCUGUGGAUCUUGUGGCUGCUGCCAGUCCAGCUGCUGCAAGCCCUGCUGCUCCUCAGGCUGUGGGUCAUCCUGCUGCCAGUCCACCUGCUGCAAACCCUGCUGUUCCCAGUCCAGCUGCUGUGUCCCCGUGUGCUGCCAGUGCAAGAUCUGAGGGUGUGACUUUGGAUCUCAGGUGAGUCCAGCAUGUCCACACUACCCAAGAAGUGACCAGCACUGCAUUUCAGUCCUGUCUGUCCCACAGCUCUAGAAGUUGUGUCCCCUGAAUUUUGUGGAAGGUGAUGACUCCAGGUUCUUGGCCUGUGCUGACCCUUUCCAGUCAUUCUUCAUGAGAACUCUCUUCCUCUCUCCUGAUGCCCAGCACCCUCCCAGUUCCCAGAGCCCUGCAAUCUCCUCUGACAAGCCCCUUGCCAGGUCCUGCUGGGACAGGGCCCUCCCUGUCCAUGACUCCUCCUGUCCUCCUUCUCCAGAGCAGCGGCAGGUCGGGGAGGCGGUGGAGAUCUGCCCCCAACCCCAAAAGGCUCCAAACCUUCCUCCCCAGGAGGUGGCCACUCUUGUGGCUUCUCUCUCAGUUAAGGGUCACCAGGACCUGAGACACUUUAAAUAAACACAUUUCCCACCCGCAAGACUUGCUCUCACUGCAGCUUUCAAAAAAAAAAUAAAACUUUUAUUUUAGGUUCAGAGGAGCAUGUGCAGGUCUGUUACGUAGGUAAACUCAUGUCCUGGGGAUGUGUCGUACAGAUUAUUUCAUCACCCAGGCACUAAACCAAGUACCCAUUAGUUAUUUUUCCUGUUCCUCUCCCUCCU